CAGAAUCUCCAACACACUCCAAAUCUCUCUCUUGUUCUCUCAGAACCCAAAUCGGAAGAAGCGCAGCAGGAAUGGGCCUGGAGAUGGAAUCCAUGGCCGCGUCGAUCGGCGUAUCGGUCCCUGUGCUCCGGUUCCUCCUCUGCUACGUCGCCACCAUCCCCGUCAGCUUCCUGUGGCGGGUCGUCCCGGGCCCGCUGGCCAAGCACUUCUACGCCGCCGCUUCCGGCGCCAUACUCUCCUAUCUCUCCUUCGGCUUCUCCUCCAAUCUCCACUUUCUAGUCCCCAUGUCUCUCGGAUACGCUUCGAUGAUGUUUUUCCGGAAACACUGCGGCAUCAUUACUUUUGUCCUCGGUUUCGGUUACCUCAUCGGCUGCCACAUGUAUUACAUGAGUGGGGACGCAUGGAAGGAAGGAGGAAUUGAUGCAACCGGAGCCCUAAUGGUGUUAACACUGAAAGUCAUCUCAUGUGCAAUAAAUUACAAUGAUGGGAUAUUGAAAGAGGAAGGACUACGUGAGUCUCAGAAAAAGCAUCGGUUGACUAAGUUGCCCUCAUUAAUUGAGUACUUUGGUUACUGCCUUUCAUGUGGUAGUCACUUUGCCGGCCCAGUUUAUGAGAUGAAGGAUUAUCUCGACUGGACUGAAAGCAAGGGGAUUUGGAGCCCUUCAGAGAAAGGACAGCCUCCAUCACCGUUCGGAGCAGCAAUGCGAGCUCUUCUCCAAGCUGCAUUCUGCAUGGGAUUGUAUUUGUAUUUGGUUCCCCAAUUUCCUUGGACAAGAUUUACCGAGCCCAUAUACCAAGAAUGGGGUUUCUGGAAACGAUUAGGCUACCAGUAUAUGUCAGGAUUUACAGCACGGUGGAAAUAUUAUUUCAUCUGGUCAAUUUCAGAGGCCUCCAUUAUUCUUUCUGGUCUUGGUUUCAGUGGCUGGACAGAAUCUUCACCACCAAAGCCAAAAUGGGACCGUGCAAAGAAUGUUGAUAUUCUAGGUGUUGAGUUUGCAAAGAGUGCUGUUCAGUUGCCACUUGUUUGGAACAUACAAGUCAGCACCUGGCUUCGUCACUAUGUUUACGAAAGGCUUGUUAAGCCCGGGAGGAAGGCUUGUUUCUUCCAGUUGCUAGCUACGCAGACUGUUAGUGCUGUUUGGCAUGGACUGUAUCCUGGGUACAUCAUAUUCUUUGUUCAGUCAGCAUUGAUGAUUGCUGGUUCAAGAGUGAUUUAUAGAUGGCAGCAAUCUGUACCUCAAGGAAUGGAUGUUGCUAAGAACAUUAUGGUGGUCCUGAACUUCAUGUACACUGUUGUAGUUCUGAACUACUCAUGUGUUGGAUUCAUUGUACUAAGCCUCCAUGAAACACUUGCCUCGUAUGGGAGUGUUUAUUACAUUGGAACCGUUCUGCCCAUUGUAUUGAUCUUGCUUGGUAAAGUAAUCAAGCCUGCGAGGCCUGCUAAGAAGGUUAGGAAGGAAGAAUGAGUUAGUUAGCAGUAACAACAUUCUCUACUCCUUGGAACGAGAGAAGAAGAUUGCUGCUUUUCCAGAUUUACUUCACUCUGUUUUCCAUUACUGUAACAUCUGUUGUGAUACAUGGAAAUGUUGAGCAUGUUCACUUAUGACUUCAGUUCCUUGAGUUAUACAAGCAGCUCAUAUUUGAUCCAUUUUCAUAAAUCUUGCAAUUCUAUGAAAUUUGGAGCGGUAGUAGUACUAUACUUUUAUCUGUUGAAAAAAAAAGACGAUGACUUCCUUUAAUAUGUAAAAGGGCCUUAACUCUAU